UCGAAACAAGGACUUCGAUUGUCUUCUCGCAUCCAGAGACUGUCCUUUUUUGGGGGGAAUAUUCUAGACUUUUAUUAUUCAGCUUUACUUUUGAAAGUGUUGAAUUGUAGUUAGUUGUGUUUCGCGGUUUUUUAACACUUUUUUUGAAAUUCUGAAUUGAAGUCAGAAUGCUGGAUCCACUGGCUGAGUUGAGAAGAACUGGAGGCUUUAGGCAGUGUGGUGGCCGGUUGUCCUGGCAGGUGCGUUGGAUCUUGUACAGCGUGUGCGUACUGACGGUAAUAAACUGUGCCUGCCUGGUUCUGCUCCUGGUUCAGCAGAGAGAGCUGUGGGCUCAUCUGACUGAGGUGGAGAGGCAGAUGGUGGAGAUUUCUCAGAGCUCCGUGGUGGAGUUCAUGACACAGGUGAAUGAAGAUGAGGCUGAGUAUCAAUACCCCAGAAACAAACGCAGCCGGCAGCAUCGAGGGACACGACCCUUUGAGGAACACGAGGGGAGUGUGGGAGAGGAAGUCUUGGGAGAUUUCCAGUAUCAGUAUCCACAGACACAUGGGCCGGUUUACCAGCACAAAUUAGAAGAGCAGGAUGGAAUGAUGACAAUGAUGACAUACUCCAUGGUGCCAGUUAAAAUUCUUCUGGACAUUUGCAACAGUACUAAAGGAGUCUGUCUGACUGGGCCACCAGGACCACCCGGACAACCAGGAAUUCCAGGCUUGCCGGGUGUGGACGGAAUGCCGGGGUAUAAUGGAACAGAUGGAAUUCCAGGGUUGCCAGGAGAGCCUGGAGCACAUGGAAAACGAGGAAAAAGAGGUCCUCCAGGUGAGAAGGGUGAGCCUGGUGAGAGAGGAGAGCAAGGAUAUCCUGGACCCCCAGGACCCCCUGGAGAACAGGGCGAACCUUCAAAUGAUGUCAUUGUAGAGGGUCCACCUGGUCCACCUGGUCCAAUGGGGCCCCCUGGCCUCCCUGGCCUUCCAGGGCCCCCCGGGCCUCAGGGGCCACCAAGACACAGGAGCCACAGAGCACAUCUCCACAUGGGGAAGGAGUCUGUGGGUCACCUUGAUUCAGUCCCAAAUGAUGACACCAUCAGCCAGAAAAUGGUAUCACGGAAGAUAAACGACUGUGUCAUAAAGUCAGUGCAGAACCCAAGACAUCUGAUGAAAAUGAGCAGCACGUUUGGAGCGUGGAUGAUGGACACUGCUGCUCAUGACAAUGAGAAGAUCUGGGUAGCAGAACAUUUCUCAGGACGUAUCAUAAAGGAGUACAACAGUAUUGCGGCAUUCCAGAACAGCAGCAGUGAAUCCAUUGAUGUCCGGAAAUUUUUCCAAGGUUGCGGCCACGCUGUACAUAACGGCUCCAUAUUCUACCACAUCGCGGGAACUUCCAAUAUUGCUAAGUUUGACCUCCAGACGAAGAUCUUACACACGCUGACCAUUGAAAAUGCUUUCUAUCACAAUAAGUCCUACCUCCUUGAGAACUCAAAGACCUAUUUCAAAUUGGCAGUGGAUGAGAACGGUAUGUGGAUCAUAUUUGCCUCCGACAAUGACGACAACAUAAUGGUGGCACGACUGGAUGAGAAAACAUUCUCCGUCACCACAUACAUCAACGCCACCUAUCCCAGGACCAAGGUCGGUAAUGCAUUUAUCGCCUGCGGGAUCCUCUACGUCACAGAUACUAAAGACACAAAAGUGACGUACGCCUUUGACCUCCUGAAAGAGAAGCCUGUUAGUGUCAGUUUAGAUCUGAGGGCACCUGGAGGGGUUCUGUCCAUGAUCUCAUACAAUCCCAGAGACAAACAUCUCUACAUAUGGGACAGCAGCUACGUCAAGUCAUACCAAGUCCAGUUCCACUCAGAUGAAUAAUCAAAAAUCAAUGACAUAAUUGCGAUACGUUUUGAUUUGUCAUGUUCAUGUAUAUUUAUAAGCAAAUAAGCAAUGCUUCAGUUGCUACCCAUAUAUUUUAUUUUCUCAAGUGGAUGAUAGAUCAAGAACUAAAUUGUCUAACUAGUGAUAUAUUCGCAUCAAAUAUUUGGACACUUCUGCCACCCUCAAAUCUCAUUGUGUUACACUCUUAAAAAUA